AUGGUGAGUUUCGGUGAAGCUUUGCGUUCUCGGUUCAUUUCACUGCGACGACUGAAUCGUUUAGCGCAAUAUCGCAACCGGAAAAUUCGCGAUCAAGUGAAUCAGGAAAGAGCCGUUGUUGAGGAGCGGUACUUGCAGCUGCAAAAUAUCAAAAGUGAAAUUGAACAUUUACAAAAAGAAAUUGAACGGUGCUAUGAUUUCAGAUCAGCAGAUGAACAUAUUGCACUGGUUCCACUUGAGGAAUUUUAUGCGAAUGCUCCAGCGAAUAUCUCGCAGGAAGAAGUAACUCGAAAGGAUCCACAUCAACAGCACUUGGCACGACUGAAUUGGGAAAUGCAGGAGCGUAAAAACCUUGUUGGAACACUGUUGGAGCGCGAAGGACGUAAAAGCGUGCUGAUUAGUGACAUAACAACGAAAGAACAUCGACUGAAAUCACUGAAACCAAAAAUUGAAGCUAUCAUUGAGAUUGCUGAAAGCAUUUAA